AUGUCCAGGAGACGACCGAACUUCGCGACUCGAACGGCUCAGGAAGAUGUCGCGCGUCUCGAUCCCAAUGAGCAGACUGGUUCGUCUCCUGUCGACCGAAGUCGCUUUCUGCAGUGGCGCCCGAACAUCUGGUCUCGUUCUCAGGAAGUGAACUCGAUAGAGAACUCAGGACCUCAGAACGAUGCAGCACCCUCGAACCCGCUCGAAGGCUUAUCUCGACUGUGGCAUAGGGAAAUACAAAACGAACGGGAACUAGAUGAUAACCUUGAGGGGGUGGCACCGCAUAUGCCAUUGUCGGCUGGACCUCUGCGCGAUGCCAGCGCCGACAAGAAGGACAGGCAUUUACAUCGAACUCGGUCGACAGAAGAGUCGAAGAAGCUUGGCACCUUCUCUGGCGUGUUUGUGCCUACGACGUUGAAUGUUCUUAGUAUUCUGAUGUUCAUUCGCUUCGGAUUUAUUCUGGGACUGCUUGUUGUUUCCUACAUGAUCAACCUGGGGACCACAAUGUCUCUCUCCGCUAUUGCAACCAACGGCACAGUCAGAGGCGGCGGUGCAUACUACCUGAUCUCUCGGUCACUGGGACCCGAAUUUGGAGGCUCUAUUGGAAUAGUGUUCUAUUUAGGCUCCGCCUUUAAUACUGGCAUGAACGCAGUCGGUCUGAUUGACUGUUUAACUCAGAAUUUUGGAGUCGUUUCCGGCAGCAUGGCCAAAUUCCUGCUGGAGGGCUUUUGGUGGCAGUAUCUGUGGGGGACCAUCAUUCUCGUCCUCUGCACGGCCAUCUGCUUGGCAGGGAGCUCAAUUUUUUCGAGGGCGAGUAAUGGUCUGCUGGUUAUUCUUCUCGUGGCAACGUUCAGUAUACCGUUGUCUGCUCUCUUCAUGAAGCCUUUCGCUUCGCCUAAAGAGGGAGUGAUGUUUACGGGCCUAAGUGUGCGCACUUUGAUGGAGAACCUUAAACCCCAUUUGACGAAAGGUGCCGCGGGGAGUCAGUUGGAGGGGAGAGAGAGCUUUCAGGAUCUGUUCGGCAUUCUAUUUCCCGCUACAGGAGGAAUCUUUGCUGGCGCGAGUAUGUCUGGAGAUUUGAAAAACCCAAGCAAGUCUAUUCCCAAGGGUACCCUGGGAGGUCUUGCUUUGACUUUCGUCACGUAUACAUUGGUCAUCCUGGCCAUGGCGGCUUCUAUCACCCGAGAGUCUUUCUACAACAACGUGAAUGUGAUUCAAGUUGUCAACUCCUCGGACACGAUAAUUCUACUUGGAGAAUUUGCGACCAGUUUCUUCUCCGCGCUCAUGGGGGUAAUUGGAUCCGCGAAACUUCUUCAAGCAAUUGCUCGAGAUAGCUUGCUCCCGGGCUUCAAAAUAUUUGGUCAAGGUACAAAAAAGAACGACGAUCCCGUUUAUGCCAUUCUUGUAACCUACAUCUUUGCGCAAGUCACAAUGCUAUUCGACAUUAAUCGAAUCGCAUCUUUCGUGACAAUGAGCUACCUGAUGACUUUCUUGGUGACAAAUUUAGCCUGUUUCUUGUUGAAGAUCGGUUCUGCGCCCAACUUCCGUCCCUUUUUUCAUUACUUCAACUGGCAGACUGCUCUAGCGGGAACACUUGUGAGCGGCGUGAGUAUGUUCUUCGUGGAUGGCCUGUAUGCGGCCGGGUGCAUUGGAAUCCUACUCGUGCUGUUCCUGUUGAUUCACUACAGCUCGCCGCCUAAGGCAUGGGGUGAUGUCAGUCAGAGUCUGAUUUACCAUCAGGUUCGCAAAUACUUGCUUCGCUUGCGCCAGGAGCACGUCAAGUUCUGGAGACCACAGAUUUUACUUUUUGUGAGCGAUCUCGAUCGACAGUAUAAGAUGGUUUCUUUUUGCAACUCGCUGAAGAAGGGAGCCCUAUUCGUUCUAGGCCAUGUGCUUGUGACCGAUGACUUUUCAGCAGCAGUUCCAGAGGCACGCAGGCAGCAGACAGCAUGGACAAAAAUUGUUGAGUAUUCCAGGAUCAAGGCAUUUGUGAACAUUGCUAUUUCACCCUCUGCAGAAUGGGGCAUGCGGAAUAUUGUUCUGAACUCUGGUCUCGGAGGCAUGCGACCCAACAUUGUCAUCAUUGAUCAAUUCAGAGACGAUCAGUCUUUGGUAGAAACAUUCUCUCUUUCUAGCCAUCGCAGAGAAUCAUCAAAAUCGAGACGUCGGUCUUCAGUUGUUGGCUCAACUGAUGGCCCUGAUGACUCCACCCUGGGAAUCAAAGGAAUGACCUGCCAAAGCUACGUCACAAUUCUCGAGGAUCUUCUUUUCAAGCUCCGGAUUAAUGUCGCGGUAGCAAAAGGAUUCGAGGAACUCGAAAUCCCGAACCCGAAUGGUCGCAACACAAAGAAGUACAUAGAUUUGUGGCCCAUUCAGAUGUCCGCCGAGAUUGGAGCCGACAAUGAAAGCAAGAAAAAUGUCCUGACCACGAACUUCGACACAUACACUCUGAUUCUGCAGCUCGGCUGUAUUCUGAAUACAGUGCCUUCGUGGAAGAAAACCUAUCGACUACGAGUCGCCGUGUUUGUCGAAUAUGAGACAGAUGUUGAAGAUGAGAGAGGCCGAGUAGAGGCUCUUCUGGACAAGUUACGGAUUGAGGCAGAAGUCCUCGUUUUCUGGCUUGCCUGUGGGGAUUUGAAGGCAUACCGUAUCCUUGUGAAUGGAGAUACAUCCGAGGAGAUGGAUGAUGUGCAGGAGAGAGUCCAUUCUGUACUCCGAGAGGAAGAAUGGUGGCAGGGUGUCCUCAAGACUCGUAGCCCAUUGUCCACCUCUGAAGAUCCGGAGCCGGUAGGGAAUGAAACUCAGCAAUUGGACCGGUCGCCGACCUGGCAAGGCCCUGCCUGUCAAGACAGUGAAAACCGAGCUUUUCAUCAAAGAGUGAACGGUCUCCGGAGAUUGAUUCAAUCUACCAGACGCAGAAGAUCGGUCUCAAGCUUCCGAGCCCUGGGAAGUGUCAAUCUGGGAAUGCAAACCCACCGUUUACUGGAUGCAUUCGUCGACUACGAUGGUGACAACUCGUCGAGCUCGAGCGAUGAAGACGACAGUGAUUUGGAUCCAUACACAAGCGACCCAGAGAUCGACGGAGAUGACGAGAAUGACAACCUUGAAAAUGCUCCCAUCAGUGGCCCCCACAGUGAGAUCCCUUCUGGUCCUUAUCAGCCGGUGGGGGUCACUGGUGAUGACCAGAGCUCCGGAGUCAGUCCAUCAACACGGCCAAAGGGAUCAUCGGAACCUUCCACCCCCCCAGGCUCGAUUCCACGCCAAGCAAUCCCCUCAAUCAUCACCACUAGCGACAACACAUCCCCAAAGAGCAAAUCUCCCAUGCCUCGCCCAGCCAUGACCCGUUCUCCUUCCAGCAACCGCUUCAGCUCUUCUCCAAUCCCCGAAGCCAAAGUCAACACUGAAGAGGGAGCUGGCCCAUCAAUCAUGUUCGCCGCCAACGCCAGCCCCCCGCGCUUCCAGAACAAGCUCGACUCCAUCUACGCUCGACGCCCAUCGGCGGUCUCGGCCACCUCCGCUAGCGGCAACGAUGGUAACAACGGCAACAGCGGACACAGCAACCAAACCGCCUCCGGCUUUCCCAGCUCUGCGUCCGUCCCGCUGUCAUUCAAUGACCUGCCCAGCCGAGCCCAGCAUUUAAUUUUGAACGAGUUGAUCGUUCAGCAGAGUAGCGAGACGGCUGUUAUCUUUACCACGCUGCCCACCCCCGUGGAGGGGAACAUGCCGCCGGGAGGAGGAUAG